AUGACAAAAUUGGAACAACGUUUGAACGAAUCCCAAGAAUUACUCGAGAAAUUGAAGAAGAUUCCUAACCCGCGUCAACCUGCUCAGACUCAUCUGAAAGUUGUCUCAGCGUCUCUUCUUGAGAAUCAACCCAAGAUUUGGACCAGCCCUUGUUACAAGAGACAUUUGCGUUUGAAUGAGAAUAAGAUGGGCCUAUCCAAGUGGUGUUUACUUUUCUAUGGCUCGUACUCCCUAACCCCCACCAUCCCUAUCAUCCUCCCCCAGAAACAUUUCGUAGAUAGGAAGGAUCAAAGAGGACGAUUAGACUCGAUAGGAAUCUCUAAUACGCUGAAUGCAUCAAUUCACGAGGAUUGGGAGGAACAGAGCGGGUUUCAUACCCCAACUCUAUCUAUUCAUGAAGAUGAGACGGACCAAAGUGGCCAUGAUCAAGUUGAAGUUACGUCGACCACGGCUACAAUAGCUACAAUGCAGGUUCCAGCAGAAGAGGAGGAGGGUAGGAGAAUCAGGGAUUCCCUAUUGUUGCCUAGAGUUACUGCCCUCGAUGAAGCAAUCAAUUCCUGGAGAAAGAAGAUUGCGUGA